UAGCCUCAAUCAGGUUACCCCGUUCAUUCAGGAGCCUAUCUGCUGCUUCUGUGUAAUAAAAGCGGGUAAAGGCGUUUGAUAUUAACUGCUGGACAGGAGUUGGAGAGGACUGUUCUGUACUUUGUCCUUUGAGGCCCAGCAGAGAGGUGAGGCGGUUAUAAAUAGAGCCUUUGAAACUUGUGAGUUUGCACAUGGCAGCCAUGCUCUCCUGGGUCUUUCUCAGCUCGCUCCUUCUGCUGCUACACACAGCGUCCGGACAGAGCAGCAUAAGAUGGUGCACUAUAUCACCACAAGAGGAUGCCAAGUGUUCAGCCAUGGCCCAGGCUUUCAGCAGCGCAGCUAUCCGGCCAGCGGUGCAGUGCAGCCGCGCUGCUUCUGUAGGAGAAUGUGCUCAGAAACUCAUGAAAAAUGAAGCAGAUGCAUUUUCUGCCAGUGCCAAAGACAUCUACGAGAUUGGGAAGCAAGCUUCGUUCAGAAUAGCUGCUGGAGAGUCCAGUUCUGAUGGGGAAGAAGGAACAACCUACUAUGCAGUUGCUGUGGUGAAAAGGACUAAUUCAGCCAUUAACAUCAACAACCUGAAGGGGAAGAAGUCAUGCCAUACAGGCAUUGGUCGUACAGUUGGCUGGAACAUGCCCAUAGGCUAUUUGAUUAAUAGCGGAAAGAUGUCCGUUAUGGGCUGCAACAUACCACAAGGUGUUGCAGAUUUCUUCAAUGCUAGCUGUAUUCCUGGAGCAACAGGCGAGGCACCAUCCCUGUGCCAGCUUUGCCAGGGAAAUGGAUCUGGAAGCUAUAAGUGUGAGGCGAGCAUCAAUGAGAAAUAUUACUCAUAUAAUGGAGCCUUCAGGUGCCUGGUUGAAGAUGCAGGAGAUGUAGCGUUUGUUAAACACACCACGGUUGGUGAAAACAGUGACGGUAAAGGGGAGCAGUGGGCUCAGGGCCUCCUCUCUGAGGACUACCAGCUGCUGUGCCCAGAUGGAACUCGCAGUCCUGUCUCAGAUUACAGACGUUGUAAUCUGGCCAGAGUGCCAUCGAGAGGCAUUGUGGUCCGCAGUGACAUUGAUAGCUCUGUGGUGUACUUCAUGCUCAGGGAAGGCCUGCAAAAGUCUGGCUUUUCACUUUUUUCAUCGGCUGCCUUUAAUGGUGAAAACCUGUUGUUUAGUGACAGCUCAACCAAGUUUAUCCCCGCUGGUCAUGAACACUACAUUGACUGGAUGGGUCGACAAUACUACAACAUAUUAAAAGGCAUGGACUGCUCAAAAGCUGAUGUUCCUGAGUAUCUUCGCUGGUGUGUGCUGUCUCAAGGAGAACAGCAGAAGUGCGCAGAUAUGGCUGUAGCCUUCCAAACCAAAGGAAUCACUCCCUACAUCAGAUGUGUGUUUGGAACAUCUGUGGAUGAUUGCAUGAAGAAAAUACAAGACAAAGAGGCAGAUGUCAUCACUCUUGAUGGAGGCUACGUCUAUACUGCAGGGAAAACUUUUGGCCUGAUACCUGCUGCUGGUGAAAGCUACACAGAGGAUAAUGAUGGCAGUGUCUAUUAUGCUGUGGCUGUGGUGAAGAAGAGCAACAGCAACAUCCAAAGAUUCACUGAUCUGAGGGAUCGAACAUCCUGUCACACUGGCUAUGGCAGGACUGCUGGCUGGAACAUUCCUGUGGCGGUACUCAUAGAGAAAGGCCUUAUCAGACCACAGCAAUGCCAGGUUGCCCAGGCUGCUGGAGAGUUUUUCAAAGGCAGCUGUGUCCCGGGUGCCAAUCAGCCUGGUUUUCCCAGUAACCUCUGCUCGCAGUGUAUUGGAGACUCCAGCGGGCAGAAUAAAUGUGUUAAAGGCCAGGAUCUGUUUGAUGGUUACAACGGAGCCUUCAGGUGUCUGGUUCAAGGAGCAGGAGAGAUUGCCUUUGUGAAACACUCCACGGUAUUCCAGAACACUGAUGGAAAUAAUGUGGAUCCUUGGGCAGUUAACUUGAACUCAAAAGAAUUCCAGCUGCUGUGUCCUCAAGAGUCUCGUGCUGAGGUCACUCAGUAUAAACAGUGUAACCUUGCCCGUGUUCCUUCUCAUGCUGUGAUGGUUCGGGCUGACACCAAUCCACACGUCAUCUUUGGCCUCUUGGACAAAGCCCAGAAAUUUUAUGGCGUUAACACUGACUCGGACUUCAAGAUGUUUGACUCCAGUAAAUAUGAGGGAUCAGACCUAAUCUUCAAAGACUCCACUAUGAGCAUAAUUGGUGUUGGAGAGAAAAAGACCUAUGAGGAAUGGCUCGGCCAGACCUACAUGGAUGCCCUUAUAGCUAUGGAGUGCACAUCCUCUGCAGCAGCGUUGUCUUCAGCCACACUGCUGCUGGUGACCAGCUUGUCCGUGCUCUUCUCUUUAUUGGCGGUGUAGCGGGUCUGCCAGCCGUCCUGGGCUAUCACAGCUGUUUCUUUUGGCCCAUCAUUUUCUUCUUUAUAUCUUUACUCUUUCAGUGAUCAAGCUUCACAUAGUAUCCUUGAAAGAUCAUAUUAAAAUCCAAAGCUACUGUAAGUUGUCUUUAACAUGGGUUAAGCAUUCUAUCAGGAAUAGUAUUAGUAUUUUUGGGGCAGCUCAGUUGCUGUAGAAAAAUUUCUGUUCACAUUUCAUUAACAAAUUGGAUACAUAUUAAGUUGCUUUUGAUCUAUAAUUUUGCACGGAGGCUGUAAAUAAUAUGAUUGCUUGCACUAAAUUUAUGUGGUCAUACUACGGUUCUCGUAUGCUUCAGAAUUUAGAGUCAGUCUUGAUCCAGCAAAUCAGUGUCCUUCGGAACGCACUCAAGUGAAUUCUGUUAGAUUAGCCUUGUACAGCCAUUCCUCAACCCUAGGAGCUUUCAUUUUAUUGCUGUUUCAUGCAUAUUGUGGGCCUUUAUUCUAGGAGUCUGAUAUAUUUUAUGUACUUAUCUGCUGAUGCUGAUACCAAUGUACAAACUGAGACUAAAUCUACCUGGAUUAGAAUUACAGAGAAAUUACAUUUAUUUCUGUAGGGUUACAAAUGCAGUAAAACGAAUAAAAUGCAGAUAUUUUAGCACAAUAACCCACCAAUAAAUAGGCAUCAGAUAUCAGUUUAAAAUAGCAGUCAAAUCUGAGCAUCUGUCCAGUGCUGAUACAUUUUUAAGCAAUUAUCUGCCGAUACUGACAUAAUUCUCAUAUCAUCAUGCAUCCCUAGCAUCAAAUGUCAAUGCUAUCCACAGAGAUGACUCACAUAGUGUUAUAUAUAGCCAAUGGUCAAACAAAAUGAAAGCUUUUGGAUUUCAGAAUAGUGAUACAAGACUAAUCUUUCAGGACAGGUUUUGAUCUAAGCUCGUCUGACUAUGAUGAUGAAUAAUUUCUACUGAAUUUGAAACAAAUUUGACAAGUUUUUGACAAGUCUUUAAGGUAUACAUCAUGCGUAUAUAAUUACUGCAGUGAUCAGAUUACUGAGGGCAAUAGCCAUAUCAGUGCAUAUGCUUUGCCUGUUACAUAUUUAUUAUACAGUGUUUGAUGUUGUGUGAACUUUUUUUAUUGAACUACUUGAUGGCACAUGCCAUGUCAGAGAAUAUGCGGUGCUUUGAACAUUCCAGCUGACAUGUUAUCUGAACCAGUGUCAGUUAGUAUGCACUGGUGUGUCACUGCAGAAUUUCUCCAGAGAGUAAAGUAUCAUUUUUUUUCCUUUUAUCGCUUCAGAAUUUAAAGUAAAUUGGGAUCAUGUUCUGACAACCAGUUCUGUCUGUCAGCUUUGUGUGAAGCAUGUGUUUCAUAGCGUUUCAAAUUUUGUGUUCAAAAUCAAAAUUGUGUUCUGUUCUACAUUUGAUCUUUGAUAAAGUGCACAUGCUUCAUCAGAAGAAAUUCAGAGCUGUCUCUACUUUUCUGGUAACAGUUACUAGUAGUGCAGUUGCAAAGAAUGUGCAUUAAUAGUGAUACAUAAUGUACUCAGUCAAAUUCAGCUAGAUCUUGUUAGAUUUCCGCUAAUGUGGAAUGCUUUGUAUUUUCUUGCACUUUUCACUUGUUUAAUGGAAAGUAUGAUGUAUGUAAUUUGUCUGUUUUGUAGUGUACACCUAAGAGAAAUUUAUUUUUAUACGAUGUUCAGAUACCAUAUCAGUGUAUAUGUACUGACACAUUGAUGCCUUACAUUAAUGCUUGCUUUACUGUUUUAUAGCGAUUUCUUCUGUGAAAUGAUUGAGAUGUAACUAAUAUUUAGUUGCCAGGCCAGUGCGUCUGCUGAAGUAUUAUUACAUGUUGCCCAAAUCGGGAUCUAAUAAAUGAGCACACCGCAUUUUUGUCAUCACUGAGCUUUCGAACCAGGAUCCAUUGUGUGUCAGACAAUCUAGAGGCAUUUUAGGCCUUUUAGACCCUGUAGACCAGGACUGGUGCCUUGUUUUAUGUAGUGCUGGGUGGUGGUGAUAAAAUUCAAUAUUGAUUAUAUCAGUGACACGUAAUCAGGUAAUAUUUAAUUUUGCACUGAUAAAGUUAAUGAACCCCAUGUUUCCUGAGUGCUGCUACACUGAAAGGUUGUCUUAUAAAUCUGACACUGCUUGUUUU